CUCCUGAUGAGGGACAGUUUCCAUCUCCUCUACAAAAGAACACAUGCACACACACGUGCACACACACACACGAAACUCCUCUACGGGAGUAAGCAGGAAACCGGCGUCGUUGUCACUUCAGACUGAACCUUUGGCAUUGAAGAGAGGAUACAAAGGAUCUGGAAAGUGGAAUUGUUUAAGGAACCCAAACCCUGCAAGCUCCCUUGGGGUUCCCUAGUGAUUUGAGCCCAGAAGGGCUGUGGAGAGGAUCUACGGGCAGUAUCUACUUCUUUACCCUAUUACAGAUUUGAGUGAACAAGUGAGGUGGAGAGUUCACCUGAUUGACUGGGAUGGAGUCUGUGGCCUUGUACAGCUUUCAGGCCACUGAAAAUGAUGAGCUGGCCUUUAACAAAGGUGACACACUGAAGAUUCUGAACAUGGAAGAUGACCAGAAUUGGUACAAAGCAGAGCUGCAUGGUGCUGAAGGCUUCAUCCCAAAGAAUUACAUCCAAGUCAAGCCUCAUCCGUGGUUUGCAGGCAGGAUCUCCAGGCAAUUUGCAGAAGAGAUUUUGCUUAGAAGAAAUCACCUGGGAGCCUUCUUGAUCCGAGAAAGUGAGAGCUCCCCAGGAGAAUUUUCAGUCUCUGUGAACUAUGGCAAUCAGGUUCAACACUUCAAAGUGCUUCGAGAGAACAUGGGGAAAUACUUCCUUUGGGAGGAGAAGUUCAAUUCACUCAAUGAAUUGGUGGAUUUCUACCGUACAACUACCAUAGCCAAGAAGAAGCAAAUCUUCCUGAGAGAUGAGGACCCAACACAUAAGCCACCCAGAGCUAAGUUUGCCAAAGCCCAGUUUGACUUUGCCGCCCAGAACUCCUCACAGCUCAGCUUCUCUCAGGGUGACAUCAUUGAGGUGCUGGAACAUUCAGACCCCAACUGGUGGAGAGGACAGCUCUGCGGUCGAGUGGGUUUCUUCCCUCGGAACUACGUCCAUCUCGUCCACAUGUGAACUGUUACUGGGUCCUUCAUCUUUCAGAGUUGCUUUGAAUGGCCAGAGCCCCCAAGACUUUUCUGGAUGAGCAAGCACUCACAAUGUGGAGGAGCCAGUGGGUUCCCUACUAUUCUGAUAGCAAGAAUACAGAACAAGUUUCCUGCUGUAUUCAGAAGGGCCUGAAUCAGGUUGGACCUAGGGAGGGUAUUUUCUGGACCAAUUCAAUCCAGCAAAUAUUAAUUAAGUACUAUAUGCAAAGCACGGUGGUUGCAAAGACAAAAACAGUCCUUUCCCUCAAAAAACUUAUAUUCUAUUAAAAAGAUAAAAUCUUUACUGACAUGACAUGAUAUCAUGUCAAAUCAAGAAGCAUUUAUUAAGCACAGUAUCUGGCAUAUACUGUGUUAAAGGGUGGACAUACAAAAAAAAAAAAGCAAAAAAAUAAUCCCUGUUCUCACAGAUCUCAUAGUCUAACUGGGGAAUACAACAUA